CGUUGGGGAUGAUUCGGAUUCGUAAUUUUGAGUUUACCUUCCGUGCUCUUGGCAUAGAGCCUACCGUUGGAGAUUUCCGACGGUUUUAUCAGAUGACAGUGUCCAUGGGUUUCUUUUCGUUUCGUCAACGAGAUGGUAGCCCAAAGCUGAUGACUCCCCCUAAGGGGAUGACGAUGUGGAAGAAGAAGUUCUUCUAUAUCAAGUCUGCUGCCCUUGCUGUGGAUAUGACGUUUCGGAAUGUGACCGAGACGAUCAUAGGAGAGACCAUUGCGAUGCCCAGUUUGAAAUCAGUGCAGUGGUUCCCGCAGCUGCAGACUAUUGAGUCUGUGAAGUUGACCAAUACGCAACUAUGGCUGUUGCGUAUGAUGUUGAGGAGGGGCAAGAACUCGAAACCCGUGGUGCGGGAAAAGAGCGGUGAAGAUGCUCCCGCAUGGAGGAUGUUUGCUCCGGAUUUCGAAGGUACGGUUGAGACCGUAGUUUGUGCGGAUGGUGAACAGGAUCACAACACUAUCAUCCGUAGUAACUUCCGGGUGCCUACUGAGGCUGCACUGGCAGUUGAGUUGCCAGUAGGCAAAGGUAUACUAUCGAAGCUUUGCUACUUGUGUUGA